AUGACGCGCCGCGUCGCGCGCGCUGCGCUGGCCUACGCCGCGGUCGGCGCUCGGGCACGGGUCUGCGAGGUCACGAUCCAGGUCGACGGCGCGGGCGUAGGCCUCGCCUUCGCGGACGAUGUGGAGCUCGACGCGGCCGUGCGCGGGUUCGUGGCCCGCUUCGCGCUGCCCCUCGACCAGAUGGGCUGCGCCGACGACGGUUGCGCCGUCGAGUACAUCAAGGCGCACGCCCGCCUGAACGCCGCCUGCGACGCCGCGCCCUACGGCGACGCCGCGGCGUCCGACGUGGACGCCGCGUCUCCGGACUACGCUGCGCCUCUGGACGACGAAGACACCGCGCGGUCCGAGCCCGGCGCAUCGCUUCUGGACGACGACGAUGCCGCGCGGUACGAGCCCGACGCCGCGGCGGACGCCGGCGAGCGCGAGGCCGCGGGCGAGGCCGCGCCGGCAGGAUCGGCGGCGCUCCUCCCGUCGACGCUCGAGGACUACGUGACCCUGUGGAUGGUCGCGUGGUCCGCGUGCUUCGCCGUCGCCGCGGUGGUCGCGGCGCUCGAUCGCGCGCUCGACCUCCGCGUCGAAGACCGGUGCCCGCGCUUCCGGCGGGCCUUCUCGCUGCCGCGCGGCGCGCGGCGCUGGCUCCUCGCGACGGGCGGUUUCGCGGCGUUGCUGGACGCGCGCGGGAACCUGCUGCCGAACCUGCACGACGCGCUCCACGGCCCCGGGGGCCUCUGCCGCGUCGGCGCCGUGGGCCACGCGUCGCUCCACGACGUCAAGGUCGAGGGCGCGUCCUACGCCCUCUACGCGCUCGAGGCGGCGCUCGGCGCGGCGCAGCUCUUCGCGGCGUCGAGGGAUGCGCCGGCGAGCCCGCUGCGGGAGACCCUGCUCUGGGUGUUGCUGCAUUCGUCGGAGCGCGCGUGCUCCGAGUCGCACGGCCUGGGCAAGCAGUGGGCGUACGCGGCGCUCGUCCAGCUCUGGGUCGCCCUCACGCCCGACGACCCGGGGCCGAGCGCGGGCGCCGUCGGCGUCCUCUUCCAGAUCUGGGCCACGCACGCCUUCGCGGGCGCCGAGAAGGCCGGUCUCGGGCGCGAGGAGUGGGUGCGGACGGGCGGCGCGCUGCGCGCAGCGCUGUCGAUGCCCGUCUACGCGGCGCCGCUCGGCGCCCGCGCCGCGCGCGCGAUUCCCCCGAGGCUUGGGGGGGUUUUGACGCGCGGCGCCGUCCUGUUCGAGCUCGGUUUGGGACCGCUGCUCCUGGCGCGGCGCCGCGCGGUCGGGGCGGCGCUGGUUCUCUUCCACGGCGUCAACCUGUGGACGCUCGCGAUCUUCGAGUUCCCCCUCGUCGCCCUGGGCGCGAGCGCGCCGCUCCUGCUCGCGCCGCCGCCGCCGCCGCGAGGAGAAAAUGGGCGCCGCGGCGGCCGCGUCCAAGCCUUGCUGGCCGCGCUCCUGGUCUACGCGAACGCGCGCGUCCUCUGCGCGUCGUGCGACGCGACGCUGAAGUCGAGGUACGCGGGCGCCCUGGCGCUCCCGGCGUCCGCGCGGCGCCUCCUCGGGGGGCUGGCCAUCGACCAGAAGUGGCCCCUGUUUGCCCAGGUCUGGGGGACCUGCACGUACCGGCUCCACGCAACGCUGGCGUCGGGCGACCACGCGAGCGCCCACGACUGGCUCGCGGGCGGCGACGUCGCGACGUCCGCGGCCGGCGAGUCGCUCCUCGAAUUCGCGAACCGCGACUUUGGCGCCAGGCCCCACUCGGUCUGGGGCGGCCUCUGGGGCUGGCGCGCGAUGGGGAGCGCCCAUCUGCACAGCAUGCAAAACAGGCCGCGCGCGGACACGCGCGUCCAGCGCCGAGUCUGCGACUCGCUCCUGGCCGCGCCGCCGCGCGACGCGGCGGUCGCCGCGGCCACCGCCGACGGCUAUGACGCCGAGGUCCGGCCCGACGGCGAGAUCCGCGCGACGUUCCACUUCACAUGGCGCGGGGCCCAGCGGUCGUUCGCCGUCGCCGUGCCCGGCGGGGGCGCGCUCUGGUCCGCGCGCGACGCGUCGCGGGACGUCGGCGCCGCCUGCGACGACGCGGGCGUGCCCGCGGCCGACUGCGACGCGACGCUCAAGCCCCACGUGCUCGCCGCGCUUCGCGACCUCGCGCGCCCGGCGUCCGUGUCGCGCGUCGACCUCUGCAAGCCGGACGACACCGUCGGCGACGUCGAAGCCUUCGUUGCUGCGUCUGUGAGCGUGGCGAAGAUCACGACCCUCGACUGCGCGACGGACGAGGUGAGGAACGAGGACGUCGACCCCCCCCGCCCGGUGCACAUGUGA